AUGUUUGGAAUAUUUGCCCAAUCAGUGGCAUUUAUUUGCUUGUUUGCAAUUGUGCAAGAACAAAUUAUUCAAUUUUAUAGUCAUGAACAACAAUCGUUUAUGUUUAAUGGAGUCUUAGCUAGUGAGUUCCCUGAACGAGAAUGUUGUGAUCCUGUGUAUCCACCACCAGUUCCCACAGCACCAUCAUCAUCAGCUGCAACGCCUACAGGACGUUCAGGACCAAAUAUAAAAACAGCAAUAGCUAUAUUAAACUGUCUACUGGCGAGACAAUUAUGUUUCGAAGAUGUGUCGUGUUCGGCAAUAUUGGAAAUCAUUCCAAGAGUUUGUGGACCAGAACUAGUUGCAUGUUCAACAGUGACAGUUACGAAAUGUCAAGCAGCGUUACGCACAUUACAAGCAUUUCCAUUUUUUAAACCAACAUGCUUAUGUCGUGAACCACACGUGGAUCCAGAAUGUAACUCAUUCCGGGAUUUCCUUUUUGAUCAUCCAUGCGUGUUUGUUUUGAAGAAAGCGGAAAAAGAUCCGUAUCCAGUAGAUGCUCUGCCCACAUGCAAUCAUGCUUUAUCAGUUUGUCAGCGUGAAGAAAAAUGCAUUAAAUUAUUUGAAGAUUUCAAAACGAAUUGUAAAGUUCGUGACAACAAAUGUAGAAUGGAUGACAGAGAACUGUGUCAUGAAUCAUGGACAAAUUUACGUCUAUCACCGAUGUUCGGCUGCAUAUGUCCCAACAAUCAUAUGAAACGGCGUUGUGAUCGAAUAUUUGGUAUUGUAAAUCAUAAUCCAUGCGUUGGUGACGAGGAUAUUAAGGUUAAAUUUUCAACAGAUAUUACAAAAUUUGCAUUCAAAAGUACAUGUCACUUAGCGUUAGAAAAUUGUAAUAAUGACUACAUGUGUCGAGCGGCGUUACAACCAGUAUUACAUCAUUGUGACACAUCACAGUGUCAUAGAAAUUCUUGUAUGGAAGCAUUACAAAAUUUAUAUCGUAAACCGGAAUUAUCAUGGAGUCUAGAGAUUGCAUUCUGUUUGUGCAAGACAUCCGAAAAUAAACAAGACGCUUGCUUAGUGGCCCAAGAAAAAUUACAUCCAAUAUGUGCGCAACGAGUGGAAGGUAAUCAAGUUUUGCCUCCAUGUCAUACACUGGCUGAGGAAUGUCGCAAAGACAUUGAUUGCAAAAUUCGUUUAGAAUUUUAUGAACAAUCAUGUGCUGUUGAUAGUACCACGAAGAAAUGUGCUGGUCCUCCGUCAGAAUGUCGUGCAGCAAUGUUAGGUAUUUUAGGCACAGAAUUAAGAACGACAUGUGGCUGUAAAGGGACUGAUUUCACUCAACUGUAUGACUGUUUGGGAUGGCAAAGACUUUUAUGGGUAAAUCCAUGUGUUGUUCAAUCACAAAGUGACUUCCAUAUAAAGAAUGCAGCGAUUGAACUAGCAAAAAUGAGUACAACGCCAACGACCACAAUUCAACCAAUUGCUUCUACUUGGCGAUCUCGAAUACAACUUUCCACUACAUUGGCUCCAAUUACUACCAUCACAAUGGAAACAACGACUUUAACCACUGAACCAACGGAACCAACUACGACCGAAAUGAUUACAACCACGACUUCGACCACAACUUCAACAACACCACCAAGAUUCUGUGUAGUUCAAAAACCACAUCAAACAACUCAGUACAUACGUGAGGGUAAAAGUAAACGGCUGAAUAGAGACGAUGAACUAGAAUGUUCUGACUUAUGUCAGUGCGCAGAAUCAUUAAUCGUAAUAUGUCACACAAUAUGCGUUGAUCGUAUUCCAUGUAAAACUGAAUUUGCAUUCUAUAAUCAUGCAGCACCUGCAUACCAAGCAUACCGUGGUCGAUGUCUUUGUUAUUCGGGCCAAUUCAUCUGCAUGAGACCCACACCUGGUGAAUAUAAGCUUCCGCAAGGAGUGUUCUUAUUCUUAGGAUACAGUGAAACCGAUGAAGCAUUAUUAAAGCCGCACAGUAAUUUAUCUGUACAAGAUGUUGUACAAUCUUUACAAGAACUGAUUAUGCAUGAGACUUCAUGCCAGUUAUCAAUUUUUAACGUUACAAAAGCCAACGUAAUCUUAGUGGCGAAAAUUCGAGAUGAUGAUGAAGAAGAUGAAACAAAAAUUUUAAUAAAAGAACAAGAACAAUGUGCACAAAUUUUAGAAGAUAUAAGUGAAAAAAUCAACACACAACAUCCUGAAUUCAACUCACAUUUACUCCUAUCAAUAUUUAAAAUGGCUGAAGUUGAAGUAAUUCCAGCCAAAAUAAAUGCACAACAAAGACAAACAACAUCAAGUCCUGUACUAAUAAUUCUAUCAACAAUAUUAGUACUCCAUCGAGUUAUAAUUCGAUCAACAUCCAGUUGGCACUUUCUACAUCAUUUGUGA